AUGACUCAAUACGUAUACUUUGUGCCUCCAGAUGAAGGAGGUCCAUCGUCAGAUGAAGAAUUUAGUGGAGGAGAGACAGCAGUAACCGAGGCACAAAUGAAGAGUGAAGACCGAGAACUUAAGGAUAGGCUUUUGCAUAAAUUUGGUAGUCACAUUGGUACCUUGAAGCUGGAAUUCUCAAAGAAGAAAAAGAAAGGAAAGCUACCGAAGGAGGCAAGACAAACACUACUUGAAUGGUGGAAUUUGCACUAUAAAUGGCCUUACCCAACUGAAGCUGAUAAAAUAUCACUGGCUGAAUCAACGGGCCUAGAUCAGAAGCAAAUUAACAAUUGGUUUAUCAAUCAACGGAAGCGCCACUGGACACCAUCGGAAAACAUGCAAUUAGCUGUUAUGGAUGGCCUUCUUUUUGGCUGA